AUGGUACAAAUUAAAACCACAAUAAAAAAUAACGAUACACUAUCAACAACAUUAAACAUUCAAAAAAUGAUUCAAAGAAAUUUCACACAUAAACCUAUUGAAUGCUUCUACAUAUCAAAACACCAUAAUCAUAAUAAAAAUUCAUCUAAUAUUUCAUUUGCAUGGCUUAUACCAACAAUCACACCAAUGCCCUUUCAUGGCAAAGCUUACAAUUACUGUUCAUCAAAUAGAGCAGAAGCAGAAUGCAUCAAACACAUAUUAUCAUGUUACACUUAUGUUUCUUCUGAUGAAUUUACAGGCUCGAAUGGUGCUUGGGCAUGGCAUUUUUCACUUGAAGCAAAAAUGUGUUCAGGAAAUAAUGAUGAUAUGGAUAAAAGGGUAUCAGUAAAGCAUAAACAUCUUACAGGAAGCUUGGAUUUACUUUAUGCAUUGGAGGAGUUUAACAUCCAACAUAUGCUCUCAAAAGGAUUAUCUGUUGAUGAUGUAUUAUACAAGCCAAGAUCAAAACAACCCACACUCAAAAAGACUGAUGACACAUCACUCAAGAAUUCUUUUACCAAUGACGAUUUUAGGACCCCUAUUGGUUCUGAGCAUGAUAGUAAUGAUUCUGAUGAGAAUGAUGAUUCCGAUGAAAGUGAUGAGGAGUGUGUGUUAAGACUAAAUGUAGAAGAAAUCGGAUUUGACGAAUACAUUGAUCAGGGUGAUAAACAUCUUGCUACUGGUGAUCCUUCUUGGGCUAAACAACCUGAUAUGAUUGGGAAUAUUGUCAAUAAUGGAAUGUUUGCUUAUGAAGUGAUGUUUGGAGAAGUAACAGGUGAGGGUAAGAACAACACGGAAAAGAAAAACCUAAUUGAUCUGAUUAGUGACAAAGUGGACUGGUUAUUUAAUGAUCUUAAUUUCUCCUGGAGUUUAUCUUAUGGUAGAUGA